AUGGAACAGUAUCAGGAAAGAAUCCAAGGGUUACCAAAUCCUGAUGUAUUUUUCGGUAAAGAUAGAUUUCACAAAGAUCUAAAAUAUAUUCUAACUUGGACAGUAUCUGAGAGCGUUAAUCUUUUUGGUGAGGGCCAAUUACCAUUUAUAAGCAACAGUUGCCCAUAUUACAACUGUUAUGUCACUAAUAAGAGGAGCCUGCUAAAUCAAGACUAUAGAAACUUCGACGCUAUUGUCUUCGACGUAAAUGAUCUUAGACGGUUAAAAAGCAAAGAAAUGCCUAGAGAGAGGAACACUGUACAAAAGUAUAUAUUUUAUGGCAGAGAAUCUGCUGACACUACACCAAUUUGUAGCUUGUACCUGGAUAACUAUUUUAACUGCACUUGGUCAUACAAAUUGCAUUCAGAUAUCGUCAGUCCAUUUAUUGAAGUUAAAGAUUUCAAAGGCAACGUUAUAGCUCCAAGUUUGAAUGUGAAAUGGAUUAAAAAUAUGACUGAAUUGACAAAUAAACAGAUAGCAGAAAUGAGAGUAAAGUCUAAAGCGGUCGCAUUGGUAAUGCAGAAAUGCUACACUAGAGUGACUGUUGAAAAAUUGAUGUUUGCAAAAAAACUACAAUUUGCUCUUAAAGAACAUUCAUUAGUUCUCGAUGUUUAUGGGUGUAAAAUGUUACGUUGUCCAGAUGAAGGUUGUUUAAAAGCUAUAGAGAGAGAUUACUAUUUCUAUUUAGCAUAUGAAGAUAGCAUUACAGAAGAUUAUGUUACUAGUGAAGUACUAAAAGGGUAUGACUAUGGUGCAGUGCCGAUUGUGUACGGCGGUGCUAAUUAUGAUCACUUUCUACCAGAGGGAUCGUACAUCAACGCAAGAUUAGCUAAUGUUGAAAAAUUAGCUGCGACUAUCGACUAUAGUAUUCGAAAUCCUGCUGUGUACCAACGUUUUUUCCGUUGGCGUAACCACUACACAAUCCACGAAGUAGAAAACACAAUUGGAAUCUGCAAACUCUGCGAAUAUCUACACGACGAGAGAAAGUUUAACACGAAGAGUGUUUAUGAGAAUUUCAGGAAAUGGUGGUAUACCGGACCUUUGCUGGAGAGGUGCUAUCCGAGAGGUGCUGAAAAAGAAAAUAUUGUGCUCUCAUAUAUGAAUAAUACAAGGAAACGACAUUCUAAUCUGUAA